AUGGCUAAGAAAGAGAUGGAAGUUGUAAAGGGCGUUGAUCUACAGAGAUACAUGGGCCGAUGGUACGAAAUUGCUUCAUUUCCAUCAAGAAAUCAGCCUAAAAACGGAACCAAUACUAGGGCUACAUACACACUGAAAGACGAUGGAACUGUUCAUGUUCUAAACGAGACUUGGAGUGAUGGAAAGAGAGGAUUCAUUGAAGGCACUGCUUAUAAAGCUGAUCCCAAUAGCGAUGAAGCGAAAUUGAAGCCUUCGAAGAAGUCUCUCUGGAUAUUGUGCAGAGAAAACCAUCUGGAUGAUGAGAUAUACGAGCAGCUGAUUGAGAAAGCGAAGGGAGAAGGGUAUGAUGUGAGCAAUCUGAAGAAGACGACACACACAGACCCACCACCGGAGACUGAAGGUGCUCCCGCUGACACCAAGGGCGUGUGGUGGUUGAAAUCAAUAUUCGGGAAAUAAGAGAUGGUCGAUAUCGUGGUUUACUGAAUUUAGAUGUUGGUUAUGUAUAUUUAGUUCAUGUAGUAAUGAAUAUGUUGUAUUCGUUUUUGUAUUUUUCAUCAAAUCAUGUAUAAUUCUAAAAAUACAUAUCACAAAUCAUAUGUGGCCAUGUAACACAAAUUCGUUAUUCUUUGCAUAUACCUCAUUAACUAUCAAAUCACUUGAUACUCA